AUGUUGACUAGCAAGCCUUAUCAAUGUCAUCGAUGCCCAAGGGCAUUUGCUCGUCUAGAACAUCUUCAAAGACAUGAUCGCUCACAUACCAAAGAGAAACCGUUUGUUUGUGUUCAAUGCCCCAAGGCCUUUACACGCAAGGAUCUGCUGGCCCGUCAUGAGCGUCUUUCUCACAACCCCGAUGCCAGUCCUGCCAGCAAUCACACACCGACACCCUCCCCCGCAAAUCCUCCCGCCCUGGACGAGUUAGAUUCAUUGGCAUCUGCAGUCACAAACCACAUCCAAUCUAAUCGCAGCACCUUGCAGGGUUCCGAUGACCAUUUUCCAGCAUUAUCACGUGCUGUGCACCGUCCGAUGCUGAGCGCCCAGUUGGCUAGCACAGACCCCUCGUCUAUAGGACCUAGUACCCCAUCUCCAGGCCCGGAUUUUGGAUAUGCGCUAGGUGGCUUUGGACCUGGAUCAUAUCAUGCCACUCCCGCUAUUCCCCCGUUGAACUUCUCCGCUCUGGACUAUGAUAGAUCUUCUGAUAGAGGGACUUUGACUGAAACUACUCCCUCGACUCCUUCGAGCUCUGUACUUCCCCGGCAUGGCGCUCAGUUACCAUCGCUCCAGCCGGAGGGCUAUCACAUCUCCCCCAAGGCCCGCCAGCCCACAGGAUUCGUACCAGUCACGGCUCAAUGUCGGGACAAGCUCUUGGAUAUGCUAUCCGACUACGCGAAUGUGGUCCCAGAUCCAUCAUUACCAUCUCGGCAUGCGCUAUCCCGGUGUUUGACCGGGUAUGUGACUGGAUUCCAUGAUCACUACCCCAUCGUGCACAUCCCGACUCUCAAUGUAGACUCGAUGACAUUACCACUCUUCCUAUCAAUGGCGGCAUUGGGGGCGCGGUAUUGCCGCGAGCCAGACACUAGCAUGCGUCUCUAUCAGAUUGCCAAACCAGUGACUUUGGAACAUGUUCGUCGGGUCUUCCAGUCAGGCAAGCUGCCCACGGUCAACGCAGCCAACGACAUUGAUACCUUAGAAACUGUACAAGCUUUAUUGUAUUUGAACUCGGUAUCACUAUGGUUCAUCAAUGACCCCCCAUAUCACGAGGCGCUAUCACUUCGCAGUCUAAUGGAAAUGCUCAUCCGACAAGGAGGACUCAACCGGCUACCCGAACAAGACGGGACAUGGGGUAGCUGGAUACGACGGGAAAGCGUAAAGCGUACCAAGCUAAUUGUUCUCUGUUUCUUCAACAUCCACACCAUCGUCUUCGACGUCCCACCCAUGAUCCUCACAGAAGAUUUCACACUCGAAUUACCUUGCACCGAAAAAGAAUGGCAAGCCGCGAGCGCAGACCUCUGGCAGGCAGAGCGCAUGAACAGUCCCGGCGAACCAAAAUUCCAAGACGCCCUCUCCGCCUUAUUCGGGCCAACCGACAAUGUAGAGAGAUUCUCCUCGCUCGGCGGCUACGUUCUAAUCCACGCCAUCCUGCAAGAUAUCUGGCUAAUGACGAAAGCCGGCCGACUACCCGUCUCACGACGGAACCGCUUCGCCUCAUCAUCAAUGACAUCCACACCGGAGCUCGUGCACGUCGAACAAGCGCUAGAACGCUGGUGCCAGUGCUGGGAGCGCAACCAAGAAUCAUCCAUCGACCCACUCAGCCCGAACGGUCCUUUAUCCUUCACAUCAGCAGCCCUGCUUCGAUUAGCUUACAUCCGACUCAACGCAGACUGCGGCUCAGCCCGCCAGCUGCAAAGUUGGGACCCCGUCCAGAUCGCAACAAGUCUCCGUGAAAAUCUCUCCGUGCAACGCGGCGACCGGCUGACGCGCGCUGCGCUUCACUGCGCACAUGCCCUCAGUACACCUGUCAAGCUCGGCAUUGGAUUUGUCGCGCACUCGCAGGUAGCGCUGUGGUCAAACCAGCAUGCUUUGUGUUCUCUCGAGUGCGCGGUACUGUUGGCUAAAUGGCUUGAAGCGAUCACGGUGCCGGAUCCGGAACCGAGGUUGACGGAGCAGGAGACUCGGUUGCGGGAUUUUGUGCUCGAGAUGGUUAUGGAGGUGCAGCAUGGUGCUUCGAGAGAGUGGCUGCUCGCUACUAAUACCCGGCUCAGUGUUGCGAUUACCCGGUUGUGGGCGCGACUGUUCACGGCGGAUUAUAUUUGGGAGAUGGUUUCUUUGAUUGGGAGGUCUUUGAAUAGUUAUGCGGACUUAUUAGAACAAUAA